AUGGAUGGUGAUGAAAAGAUCAGGCACGAAGCUGCCACAAUGCAGUUUGUCAAAGAGAAGACAAACAUCCCUGUACCAUCUGUUAUUGCAUGGGGACUCGGUCAUGAGAAUCCGCUAGGCCUGGGGCCGUUCAUCAUCAUGGAAUAUAUUGAGGGGGAACCGUUAGACACGAUCUUACGGCAAGGUACUGGCCCGGAAGAAGCUCGCACGCUACGGUUGGACAUCAGUGAUGAAGAGCUGGAAAUUAUAUACCGACAAAUUGCGAAUAUCCUGUUGGAGCUCUCAGCACAUACUUUUCCGCGUAUAGAUUUUGGCAGCGGCAUCUAUUCAAGGCCUCUGACGCUGAAGAUGAAUGAGAUAAAGAGCCACGGGGGCGUUAGUGUUGGCGGUGUGUACCCCCUGCAGUUAAUUAGUAAACGCCUGGCCAGCCGACAUUGCCUACCAUUAGGCCAUAUUUCCAAGACAUUCUCUUCAGCCACCAGCUAUUUUCAGGAUGUCGCCGAACAGGACAUGCAGCAUCUGAGGGCCCAACCUAAUUCAGUCGAUGAUAUGGAAGAUGCUCGUCGCAAGUAUCUCCAUAAUAAGAUAUUCAAGGCCAUUGUACCCCAUUUCGUUGACAGCAAGUAUGACCAUGGUCCGUUCAGGUUGAUUUGCGACGAUUUCCGGCUUGGAAAUUUGCUCGUCAACAACGCACAGGAUCUGAAGAUAGUCGCGGUCCUCGACUGGGAAUGGGCUUAUGCAGCGCCAUUUCAAAUGCUUUACUCGUCCCCGCGGUGGCUACUUCUGAAGAAGCCGUUUGAUUGGGAUGAUUUUAUUAAUGUACUGGAGGAGGAGGAGCAGAAAAGAGCAGAAGGUCUCUCAAUGCCCAGUAUGGCGACUCUCAUGGACGAAUCCAUGAAGGACGGAAAAUUCUGGUUUCAUGAGUUGAUAUACUCUUGCUUCGAAUCGCCCGAUAGCCGGGCUUGGACCGCUAUUCGACAGCUUCUACCUUCCAUUGAUGAGCUCGCAACAGUUCCCGGCCCUGAAGUCGAACUGUUCUUGAACAGCAAGAUGGAGCAGCUAAACCAGUAUAAUGUGGAAUGGGCGGCAAUGAAAGAGGAGAUCAAUAAAAAGGAGGCGGAUUUCCUGGCGCUGAAGAAGAGGGUAGAAGAGGACGCAGCUUAG